AAACCUCCUGGUGUGGACUGGGGCCUGUUCCGCGUGCGACAUUGCCGUGCGCCAUGAUCCUCUUCCGACACCGUGCUGUGGCCACUCAUCGCUUGUGCCGGCGGUUCUCUGGGAUUGAGACAGAGUUCACCAUUGCACCGUACAUCGAUGUGCCCGAGUUGGGCUUUCAGAGAUCAGACAAGUUCUGCAUGCUCACCAUCAAGUACCCUGCGUUUCAGGGACUGCCAGAGGAGGAGCGCCAUGCGAUGUAUGAGCAGAAGAAGAAACGACGGGCUCAGUUCGUGGAAGAACUCUUUGACCACUACGACGUGAGCAAAACAGGCUAUCUCUGCAAGGACGAGCUCCAGAAUGCGCUGAAAGAGAUUGGUUUGGCCUUUGAUGAUGGAAGUGUCCAAGGGAUGCUGCAGAGGAGGGGAAGGAAGGAAAAACCGGACGACGCACUGACCAUUCAGCGCAGCGAGUUUCCGGACGUGGUGAGAGAGGCUUGGGGUCAAAUUCCCCGCAUGACCUUCAGUGACCAGCUGGGGCACAAGCUCGCAAACCUCUACCAAGGCCAGGAGCCUUUGCACGGCGAUCGUGCGCUGAUGUUUUUGGGGAAGACCUCGCCUGCUGGAUGGGCGCUCCGGGCGGUCCGAAACCUUUGCCCAUAUGCGCUCCGUGGCUGCCAGAUCUUGCAGAAUGUCUGCAACAAUCCGGAGUUCAAUCCGGAGUACAUGGAAGCCUGGAUGGUGGACCGAACUGUUUGAGUGGGGACAAGCCGGACUGUUUACAGGUGUGAAGCGGAGACCAUUUGGAUGGAAGCCGUCUUUCUUUCCAAAUGACUCGCGAGCAAGGACUUUUCGGUCACCUGGCGAUGCGGUUUCUGUGUUCUUUUCACGCCCGGACUGACCAAAGAAGUGCUCUCUUCCCCCACUGGUCGGUCAGUUCUUCCGUUGAAUUCCGUUGACUUCUGCGCGCUCAGUCCUCAAACAAUGGAUGUUCGGGGGGCUCCAUGCUCGUUUGAGUUGCUGCGUGAAGAAACGGGGACCCACUACACUACACAUCAGCGAAUAGCCAGAGAACAAAGUUGGAGCAAACCCUUGAACCGCCAUAGAAGCUAUACAUAUACCUCAGAAGCUAUAGAGGCCAGUUUCAAGCCCAACAUGAAGAACCAUCGAAACAGCGCCGCCUUCGGCGCCAUCGGCAGGACUAUCACGGCGGCCCGGUGCGCGACGUGGAGGGCGUGGCGGCCGCCGCCGCGGCCGUAGCGCCCACGGCGGAGGGGGGGCUCUGUGUGCGCUUGGACGCUGUGGACCCGCCAGGUGAGGGCCUUGAAACGGUCUACGUUCCAUUGAGAGGCCUUGCUUUGCCAAAGAAGUCUGGGAUCCGCUCCUGGUUGGGCUUCUGACAAGUCAACUUCGUCUGGUUUUUUUCCGCGUG